GUUUAACUAACUAAUGAGGAAAUUAUUACAUGAAUAUUUAAUUAGAAAGAUGGCGGUCAGGUUGUACAGAAAUCUUCUCAGAGCAAUUUCUCGUGUAGAUUUAUCACAGAAGAUACAAGCGAGAAUGAAAGACAACGUCAAGGAAAUAUACCAGAUAUAUGCGAGAGAGAGUCCUGAUGUUAUCAUCAUAAAUCACGUGGAUACCAUCAACCAACUGGCCAGCUUUGAGAAAGAAAGUCUCAAUACUGUAUUUAACUUUGUGUCUUUAAAUCUAUCUGAGUGAGUUUGGUAUCAUCGUGCACGUAAUUGUGAUUAUCAUGUUCAUUAUUAAAAUGCAAUUAUUUGAAAAGGUAUUAGCUCAAUCAAAAGCCUCAAGUGUGCAUUGUGACUUUUCUGAGCAAAUUUUUGGAAUCUGAAUUUUUCUGCUUGUAAUCAGCCAAAAUCAUAACUUCACCUCAUUAGUUUUUGUGCUAUACUGAGCUCCUUAAGGCCAUUCACUCAACAAUAGAAGUACCUCCUAAUGCCCCGUCAACUUGUUUAUCCACUAUAACCUAUAUGCUACAUUGAGUAUUAUGUAGAAUUACAUAAUGAAGUUGCAAACAGACUCUGCAGCAGAUGUACUAUCACUCUACGUGUAUUCCCCUUAUUCCACAAUAGGGAAGAUUGUUAGUUUUUACUUUAAUCAGCAAACCUGACAUGGCCAUGGUUUAAUUUAAUCCUAGCCAUUUCUGUUACCUCAUUUGUCUUCUGGAGCUGGUUUAGACUUGUGGUAUGUACCCUCUCUGCCUCUUCCCUUUACUCUAUACCACCACACCUUUACAUGUAAUCUCUCAAAUGCAUAUACCACUAAUACAUAGACCAUAGACUUAUUAGGGACUACGUAUACUAUUACUAUAAUGCACAUACUUGUACUAAUAUCUAUAUGCACAGGCAAUUACACAUUUGGCAUUUGUGUAAUUCUGUGAGUGUAAAUAAUAAUUAUUAAUAGUGUACGUUGGUAUGCUUAAGGCCUGUCAUACUAUGAACUCCCGUCACUACUAGGCUAGUCUGAGCCAUAAAUCCUCCUCCUCAAAAAUAGUCAAAGAGAAAGGAAGUGAUAGCUGCUCUUUGUCAGCCAUUGGUCUUGUUGGGUUUUUUGCUCCACUGUAGCUGGCCUCCUCUCUCACUUACUCUCUCUCUCUCUGCAAAGAAAAUGAAGACAGCAGCAGCUAGUAGAACUAAUGGCAACUCUGGCACUCUGUAUUCUCAGGUCACCUCUUAUUAUGCUAGUGAUUUUGUUCCUUCAAGGGAGACCAGGGUAUCUAGCAACCCUCUCCUCCAAGAGCAUUUGUUUACUAGGAGUGCGGACCUGCUCCACCCUUUUAACCCACGAGUACCACCAGUUCGCUCUCCCGGAGUACACAUAAAGCCUCUCCCGCUUCAAGGAAAGUACAUAGAGCUCUAUUUUACGUCUAGAAAUCGCUCAGAGAGUGGAAGACAGCUCUCAGAGGAAGAUCUAUACAGCACUGUGAGGCGCCCACACUCCAAUUCCGACCCAGCUGGGCUACAGGCGUUUGGAUCUGUCCCGCCGCCGGUCGUCGAGAGAAGAAAAAGACCCUCGCUUGCCUCCUCGAGACUGUGUGAUGUUCUUGAAGAGGAGGUUGCCAUGUACAGGCCUACAUCUUUCGCACUAGCCAUAACAGAAAACCCUAUUAUAUUUGAUGAAGAAGAAGAUGGUGAUCUCAAUACUAAUGGUCAAGGAAUAUUAGCUGACAGACACUACUACCUACCAACAAAACAAAAUGGAGAGUCCAGCACUCCAGUGUUCUCACCCUCUCCUUCCCCCUCCCCUCCUCUAGCAGGGGGACCCGCCAUGACAACACAACCACACUCGUCCAGAGAGGGUGACAUGCCUCUGGCCCUUUUACAUGAGCUCCACCCGCUCCGACAGUGGAGCGUCCAAAAAAGUGGAAGUCUUGAAAAUCUACUUUCUCAAAGAAAACCCAACCCUACAUCCUCACCUGCAAACGUGUUUAGUUCUCCCGGGAGCAAGCGGAGAGUCUCAGAGCCUGCCAUAGCUAAGGAUAAGGGAGCUGACAUGGACCUCUUCUUAUGGAACUCAUCCGGUGAAGAAAUAUCUCGUUUCUCAGUCGCGUAUCUCGGGAGCUGUGACAUAGACCAGUAUCACGGCUGUGUUGAUGAGUGUGCCAAGAGACUCUUUGAUAAUAAAGCAAUGCUCAAGGCGACCGACGUGCUCGCUCAAGUGUGUACGAGAAAGAUAAGACUCUACCCUCCCUCCCGUCACGGGCCGCUCUUCAAGAGUUUCACUGUUUCAGAGGUCCUUGAGGUUUCUCAGUGCUCAAAGAAUAAGCGUCUUGUUGGUAUUGUUCUCUGGCAGGGGAAAAUCCCUCACUGUCAUUUGCUGAGGUGCCCUGAUCAAAUCAUCUCAAACGACUUUCUCCAAUCUUUAGAGCUUGCUGUGCUAUCAAUGAGAGAAGCUACUGAUCAUGGGGUCGAUGAACUGCAUGAGUCCUUACCAUUGUCCCUCUCUUGUUUUCCACAAGAGCAACUCUCUGCCUCUCUCACUGCUGUGUACAUUGGUUGCACUCGGUCCCCCUCUCACAAAGAGCAGAGCAUCUCUGAUAUCAUAGGGAAGGCACUCACAGAGCUCAAGCCUUCGCAGUCUCACGAAGUAUCGGUCAACCUGACCCUCUCUAAUGUGGAGGUGAAGGACUCCAAGGGAAGGAUCCUCCUGUUCCAGCACACUAGGGCCAUUCAGUGUCUCGGUGUGUAUCAGAUUGAUAGUAGGUACCUGGGGUAUGUUACAAGGGAUUCUAACAAGAGUACAGCAGGACACGUAUUUUGGUUUGGGACACAUCAGGAAGUUGUGAAGAUGGUAACAGCUUUGAAAUCAAUAUGCCAGGUGUCUUAUCAAAGACAACAAGAAACAGCUAAUGAGACCGGAUUACUCUCAAGAUUAAAGUCACUUAGAUUGCAGCGUUCUUUUUCCUCUCACUCCUCCACCUCCACCUCCACUUCCUCCUCCUUUGCUCCCCACUCUCCUUCAUUCCAGUCUUACCUCUCCAGUACCUCUCACGUGCAGUCUAGUCUGUUGGAUGUUCCUCGCAAGAGAAAAGACGGUGUUACUGUACCAACCAUUAAUCCGAGUGUUUCGGAAUUCUCGGAGGAAGAAUACGUCAAAUUUUCCUUGUCGUACGUUGGAACUGCAAACCUCCAAACACCUUUCACCCCUCAGAGUAUCCUUGAAGCCUUGGAGGCUUUUAAUGAAAAGGGCGUGGCUGCCGGCAUGGCCCCGCCCAUUGGGAAUAACAACAUCAUUGGGAUGUACGUCUCUCCGCUUGGUAUUAACCUCAGCGACAAGAAACAGAAGAAUUUUGUGAAUCGUAACUAUCCUCGUAAAUCGAUUGUUGGCUAUUGCCGUCACCCGUUUGAUAAGAGAUACUUCUCUUUUGCUACUCUUAGGCCAGGCUUUGAGGAACAAGUCAAAGUUCAUCUUUUUAUCGAGAGCUCAGGACAAGUCGUGGAUCAGAUUAUGGAGAGCAUACAGUUUUGGCUACAGAUCCCACCAGUUAAAUAAACAUUUUUUGUUGUUGUUGUUGUUUUUGUGGAUGUAGUGUGUGAUUUUUAUUUGUGGCAAUUAUUAU